AUGGCCAACUUCUUAGCUCAGUUCCAGAGUAUCAAAGCCUCCUUCGAUCGCAUCAUUCUUGCCGUUGAGGAUGUUAGUGAUCUGUGGCCCCUAGUUAAACAGGAUUUUGAAGAAAGGUUGCCGUUCAAAAGUGUUUUUCUGAAUAACAAGACCCGCAAUGCAGUGCUUGUAGAUGAGCUCCCUGUUGAGUAUAUAUUGACCACAGAUUCAAGGAUUCGUAGCCGAUUUCCGCAAGAGCAGUCUUUGUUCUGGUUCAGAGAACCAUACGCUACCGUGGUCCUUGUCACUUGUGAGGAUCUUGACGAGUUUAAAACUAUCCUUAAACCGCGACUCAAGCUAAUUGUUCAAAAUGAUGAGCGGGAGUGGUUUAUUAUAUUUGUGUCUAAAGCACCAGCCCAUAAUGAUCAAGCCACCAAAAUGGCCAAAAAAGUAUAUGCCAAACUUGAAGUUGAUUUCAGUUCAAAGAAGAGGGAAAGGUGUUGUAAGCUUGAUAUACAUGGACCUGAUGCAAGUUUCUGGGAAGACCUGGAAUCAAAAGUCAUGGAAUGCAUAAGAAAUACCCUUGAUAGACGGAUCCAUUUUUAUGAGGAAGAAAUUCGUAAGCUGAGUGAACAGCGGUUUAUGCCAGUUUGGAAUUUCUGCAACUUUUUCAUCCUUAAGGAAAGCUUGGCGUUUAUGUUUGAAAUUGCCCAUCUCUAUGAGGAUUCGCUACGUGAAUAUGAUGAGCUGGAACUCUGUUAUUUGGAAACAGUCAAUAUGGCAGGGAAACAGCGGGACUUUGGUGGAAUAGACGAUGGUGAUGAUCAAGCUGCAUUAUUGAAACCUGGAAAGGAAUCAUUAACGCAGAUGCUUCAAGAUGAUUCUUUUCGGGAGUUUGAAUUUAGGCAGUAUUUGUUUGCCUGUCAAGCAAAGCUACUCUUCAAGCUAAAUCGUCCAUUUGAAGUAGCUUCAAGGGGUUAUUCAUUCAUUAUUAGCUUCUCUAAGGCGUUGUCUAUGCACGAGAGAUUGCUACCUUUCUGUAUGCGUGAAGCUUGGGUAAUAAUUGCUUGCUUGGAGUUAAUUAAUGCAACUUCCUCUCACUUCGAAGAUGGGCUAGUGGCACCUGAUAUUGAACAGGAAUUUUAUCGGGUUCAAGGGGAUCUUUAUUCAUUAUGUCGGACAAAGUUCAUGCGGCUUGCAUAUCUCAUUGGUUAUGGGUCAGCUAUUCCAAGAAGUCCUGUGAACAGUGCUGCAUUGAGCAUGUUAUCAUGGCCCAAGCCAGCAGUUUGGCCUUCCCUUCCACCUGAUGCUUCAUCAGAUAUUCUUGAAAAAGAAAAGGUGAUUCUUCAAGAAACCCCAGAGGUAAAACACUUUGGUAUCCAGCGGAAACCACUACCCCUUGAACCAACUGUACUUCUGCGUGAGGCAAAUCGUAGGAGGGCUUCUCUUUCUGCUGGAAAUGUGUUUGAACUAUUUGAUGGCCGACCAAAUGCUAUUGACAGCAGCUCCCCUUUGGCAAAAGGACAUGCUCUAUCUAUGCCGCGAACAAAUUCUUCACCUGGAAACUUUGAGAACACAAUUGAUCGCCCUAUGAGGCUAGCAGAAAUACAUGUUGCUGCAGAUCAUGCGUUAAGGAGUACAAUAUCUGAUGCAGACUUGAGAAAAUCUCUAUCUUCCCUGGAAUAUUUUGAGCAAAAAUAUUUGGAACUGUCCAAAGGUGCUGCUGACAAUUAUCAUCGUUCAUGGUGGAAGAGACAUGGAGUUGUCCUCGAUGGAGAGAUUGCUGCUGUUUACCAUAAACUUGGGAAUUUCGAUCUUGCUGCCAAGUUGUAUGAGAAGGUUUGCGCACUUUACGCGGGUGAAGGAUGGGAGAAUUUGUUGGCUGAAGUCCUUCCCAACUUAGCAGAAUGUCAAAAGAUACUAGACGAUCAAGCUGGCUACCUGGCCUCGUGUGUGAGACUGCUCUCCUUGGACAAAGGAUUGUUCUUGACCAAGGAGCGCCAAGCAUUCCAGUCUGAAGUUGUUCGUCUUGCUCACAGUGAGAUGAAGCACCCUGUACCACUGGAUGUAUCCUCAUUGAUAACAUUUUCCAGCAAUCCUGGGCCUCCGUUGGAGCUGUGUGAUGGGGAUCCUGGAACCCUAUCUGUGGCAGUUUGGAGCGGGUUUCCUGAUGAUAUUGCUCUUGAAUCUCUCAGUCUCACUUUGACAGCCACAAAUAGUGCCGAUGAGGGUGUUAAGGCACUGAAGAGCACUGAUGCUACAACUUUGAAGCCUGGUAGGAAUGCGAUUAUGAUAGCCCUACCUCCACAGAGACCAGGAUCCUAUGUUUUAGGGGUUCUCACUGGACAGAUUGGUAAUCUGAGAUUUAGAUCGCAUAGCUUUUCAAAAGGUGGACCAGCUGACACUGAUGAUUUUAUGAGUUACGAGAAACCCACUAGGCCUAUCUUGAAGGUGUUCAAUCCUAGGCCUCUGGUUGAUCUUGCUGCUGCGGUUUCAUCUGCUUUGCUUAUAAAUGAGUGUCAAUGGCUUGGCGUAAUUAUUAAGCCAAUAAACUAUCCACUUAAGGGUGCGGAACUCCAUGUUGAUACUGGCCCAGGAUUGAGUAUUGAACAGGGACAUGGGAUCGAAAUUGAGAAGAAUGGAUCCCUAAAUGUAUCUGAAUUUGGUCAAGGUGAGGGAUCUGAGGAUCACGAGACCCAUGGUCCAUCUGAAACCAAGCAAUUAACUCUUCAAGAUGGAAAAAUUGAGUUGCCUGAUUGGGCAAGCGAAGUAAUUUCAACAUUGUGGAUUCCAGUGCGCGCUCUCAGUGAAAGUCUCGCUAGAGGAACACAAGCAGGUGUUGCUGUACCUCAGAGGCCAAGUCUGGUGGAGGGACUUCGAACAAUAGCACUGAAACUAGAAUUUGGCGUUUCACUUAACCAAAAAUUUGAAAAGACUUUGGCAGUACACUUUACAGAGCCUUUCCAUGUGAGUACUCGUGUUGCAGAUAAAUGCAAUGACGGUACUCUGCUUUUGCAGGUGAUACUUCAUUCACAAGUAAAUGCUUCUGUGGUUAUAUAUGAUACUUGGCUUGAUCUUCAAGAUGGCUUUGCCCAUGCUACAAAAGGCGAUGCUAGACCUAUUUCUGCUUCUUUCCCACUGACCAUAUCUCCAAAAUGUAGAGCUGCAAUUUUGUUCAGUAUAAGUCUUGAUAAUACAUUGAACAAAGAUCAAGUAGAGGCAUCGCAUCCUGAUAGCAUACUGAAUGUAUGUUAUGGAAUAUCCGGUAGUAGAGCCCUCGGAGCCCACACCCCUAUGGAUGUGGAAGCUCUGGGAUCUGAUGAUGCUGUAAGGCAGUUGGAGUUCAGAAGCACUCUUGUUUUGCAGCGGCCUGUGCUGGAUCCUUGCCUUGCAGUUGGUUUCUUACCUCUUUCUUCAACUGGUCUUCGAGUUGGGCAGCUUGUCACCAUGAAGUGGAGGGUUGAGAGGUUAAAGGAUCUUGGGGAGAAUAGUGCUUCAGAAAGCAAUGAAAACCUUAAGGAUGAAGUGUUGUAUGAGGUACAUGCUAAUUCUGAGAACUGGAUGAUUGCUGGAAGAAAAAGGGGAUAUGUUACACUCUCCACUAAACAAGGUUCACGGAUAGUUAUUUCAGUAUUAUGCUUGCCGCUGGUUCCGGGUUACGUCCAUCCCCCUAAACUAGGUCUUCCAGAUGUGGAAGCGGCAAAUAUAAGUUGCAAUCCUCCUGGCCCUCACCUGGUCUGUGUCUUGCCCCCAACCAUCAGCUCUUCUUACUGUAUACCUGCAUGA